AUGAGGUGCCUCGUGGUGCUGCUUGUAGUCCUUGCGGUCUCCCAGGGCAGCGGGAUCACCAGGAUCCCUCUGUACAAAGGGAAGUCCCUGAGAGUGGCCCUGAAGUCUAGUCAGUACUUUGGGAAGAUCUACACUGGGACUCCGCCCCAGGAACUCACCGUAGUGUAUGAUACGGGCUCCGCAGACCUCUGGGUGCCCUCUAUCUACUGCAACAGCGAUGCCUGCCAAAACCACCAGCACUUUGACCUGGCCAAGUUCUCCACCUUCCAGAACCUGGGCCAGUCCCUGUCCAUCCAGUACGGGACAGGCAGCACAGGCAUUCUGGGCUCUGACGCUGUCAUUGUCUCUGACAUCGUGGACCCCCACCUGGAUGUGGGCCUGAGCACUCAGGAACCAGGCAAAAUCUUCGCCUUUUCGGAAUUUGAUGGGAUCCUGGGGCUGGCUUAUCCCUCCCUGGUUACCGAGCACUCGGUACACGUGUUUGACAACAUGAUGCAAAAGCACCUGGUGGCCCAGGACCUGUUCUCGGUUUACAUGAACAGGAACAACCAGGGGAGCAUGCUCAUGCUGGGGGCCAUCGACCCAUCCUACUACACCGGCUCCCUGCACUGGAUGCCCAUCACCAUGCAGGAGUACUGGCAGUUUGCUGUGGACAGCAUCACCGUCGAUGGUGUGGUGGUGGCCUGUGACAGCGGCUGUCAGGCCAUUCUGGACACGGGCACCUCCAUGCUGUCUGGGCCUGGCAGCGACGUCCUCAACAUCCAGAAGGUCAUUGGAGCCACGCAAGGCCAUCACGGCCAGUUUGACAUCGACUGCAGAAGCCUGAGCAGCAUGCCUGCAGUUAUCUUUGAGAUCAACGGCAGGAAGUACCCACUGCCACCCUCUGCCUACACUAACCAGGACUCGGGCUUCUGCACCAGUGGCUUCAAGAAGAACGAGGAUUUCCAGCAUUGGAUCCUGGGGGUUGUCUUCAUCCGGGAGUACUACAGUGUCUUUGAUAGGGCCAACAACCUUGUGGGGCUGGCCAAGGCCAUCUGACCACACCAUCGCCCACGGAUCAUGCUGCCCCCAAAC